AUUUUCAAGACUUCUUUUUCAGAUAAGUGGCAUGAGAGAAUCAAAAGAAAGUGUAUUAUAUCAAUCACAGUAAAUACAAACUGAGAUUAUAGAACAAAUUAAUUCAAAUGUUCGAAUCGACGCCCAUUAGCACCGAUGCACUUUUGAAGUCUUUCUGGUACUGAUUCACAAACUUUCUUGCACAGAUCAGAAUCUAUUGUAGAAAAAGCUGAGAUAAUUGAUUGUUUGAGACUGGAUAAGGUUCGAUGCUUCUUUUGGUAAACAAUAUCUUUCAGAUAACCCCACAAAAAAUAAUCAGCAGGAGUAAGAUCAGGCGAUCGAGUAGGCCAAUCAAGCGCACCACGACGACCAAUCCACCUUACUGGAAAAUUUUGGUCUAACCAAUCUUGAACAUUGGAUGCAUAGUGUGCUGGCGCGCCAUCGUGCAUGAAAAAAAAAGAUUCGCUAUUUGGUAAAUCACAAAAAAUUGAAUAGAAAUAAUCACUCAACAUUCCGAUAUAACUUUGACUAGUCACUGUGCCAUCAAAGAAAUAAGGUCCGAUUACAUCUUGAGAGGAUACGCCAGCCCAUACAGUAACCCCUUCACUUUGCAUAGUUUGCUCCCAUGUAAGAUUCGGAUUUUGUAUUGCCCAAUAGACAGAAUUAUGACGAUUAAUAUGCCCAAUGGGUUUGAAUACUGCUUCAUCUGACCAAAUGAUAUGAUGAAUAAGAUCCGGUUCGGUUUCGAGAAGCGAUAAAAACGUUUCACAGCAUUCAAUUCGUCGGUCAAAAUCAUCUUCAAUGAGUUCAUGAACUAAUCUGGGAAUUUAUGGCUUAAAGCCCAUAGACUUGUAAAUACGUCGAACUGAAGAUCUUGAAAUACUUAAAUCUGUACUCAUUUGACGAAAUCGACGUUCGAGGUUCUUUUUGCAAAACCGACGAAACUUCGUCUUUUGCAACUUAGUCAGUAACUGAUACAGGUCUACCAGGUGGACCAAUAUCGAGUACGGAACCAGUUUAUUCAAAUUUUUUCAUCAAUACUCUUAUCGUAUCACGAUGUGGAGGAUUGUUAUUUAUUUCCUUACACCAUAAUCUUUGAACAUUUAUUGAAUAUUCAAGACGAUACAUAUGUUUGACAAUCCAUAUCUUCUCAUUCACACACAAUUCACGUCGUGCCAUGUGUUGUUCUGAACGUGAAAUUUAUGAAUAUAUAGACUUUCUUAAUUAGAGAAUGUUAUUAUUUGUGUGUAAGAAAGUAUAAAUAGAUAGAUAAAAGUUUAUAAAAACGGUUAGAAAUCAUACUGUAGCAUUUUAUAGAGUCCGUAACAAGUAGAAAAUUCGUAUUGAUAUUAUCUUAAUACAUAAGAACAUUGAUUUCUUUAUGUAUCUCUUACCCAAAAAAACUUUAAGUAAGCCUCUAUCACUGGUAAAAAUUUCAGCUCGAUCGAUCGACAUCUGGCGGCGAUAUUUAAAUUUCUUAUCGCCGGGUUAUUUAUGGACCACCCUGUAUAUAUAUGACAAUUUGAAAACAUACACCAUGUUUUUUUCAAUCAAAUACAAGCAAUCAGAACAGAUUAAACAAUAAUGUUGGAAUAUAGAAUUCUUUAGCUUGGUGUGAAUUCAUCAGAUCCAAUGAGUAGUUUUCGUAAUAAACUUGGCGAUGUAGAAACGUUCACAGAUGUAAAUAGUUGUAUUCAAUAUAUCUAAUCUCAUCCAAAUGAAUCCAUUUAUCUUAUUGUUUCUGGUUCAUUUACUAAAGAAAUUGUUCCAGAAAUCUAUGAAUCUUCAAGUCUUAUACAAAUCUUUCUUUUUUGUGGAUCAGCUAGUGCUUAUCCAGAAUGGGGAAUGGAUUAUUGUAAUAAAAUGAUGAUAUUUGAUCAUGAAGAUGAUCUUUUAGAACGAUUAUGGAAUUAUUUACAAACCAAAUUACAGGAACAAGCAACACUAUGCUUAAAACGUGCAGAGGAGUAUAAACAACGAGCUUUACAAUAUAAACGAGCAUGUGGUUAA